GAGUGCUAUAAAAAAAAAAAGGAAAUAAACUCCACACCGCAGGGUCCUGGACCUUGUGGCGUUAACCCAUUCUGCUCCAGUGUCGCCCGGAAGCUCCCCUUCCCGCACAGGCACUCACUCAACAGCUACAUAGCGCAGCCGCACCAGACUGAACGGAGCCGAACAACGGUACAGAGGAAUCACGUGACCGCUCGGAGAGCACAUGACCUUAUGUUUACACCAAUCGCAAUGUCUCGCACCUGGCGUGGCUUCCGGGGCGUGGCUUCAUGUGAGUGGAGUGCGCAGGCUCAGUGUAGUGUGCUGUGAAGAAGUCUUUUCACCGUUACCGGGAACCAGGGAAGCAGAACCGGAAAUGAUUAAGAAAUUUGACAAGAAGGACGAGGAGGCGGGAAGUGCCUCCAAUCCCUUCCAACAUUUAGAAAAGAGCACUGUUCUUCAGGAGGCCCGUUUAUUCAAUGAAACUCCGAUCAAUCCAAGACGAUGCCUCCACAUUCUAACCAAGAUAUUGUACUUAUUGAACCAGGGUGAACAUUUUGGAACAUUGGAAGCCACAGAAGCGUUUUUUGCAAUGACCAGAUUGUUCCAGUCUAAUGAUCAAACGUUAAGAAGAAUGUGUUACCUCACUAUCAAGGAAAUGGCAAAUAUAUCUGAAGAUGUCAUUAUUGUUACAAGCAGUCUGACCAAGGAUAUGACUGGAAAAGAAGAUGUUUACCGAGGACCUGCUAUCCGAGCCCUCUGUCGCAUUACUGACGCCACCAUGUUGCAAGCAGUUGAAAGAUACAUGAAACAAGCAAUUGUGGAUAAAGUUCCCAGCGUUUCCAGUUCUGCAUUGGUGUCUUCCUUGCAUAUGAUGAAAAUAAGUUAUGAUGUGGUAAAACGCUGGAUUAAUGAAGCUCAGGAGGCUGCUUCAAGUGACAACAUCAUGGUCCAGUACCAUGCUCUGGGACUACUCUAUUACCUGAGAAAGAAUGAUCGUCUCGCUGUUGCCAAAAUGAUUAACAAGUUUACUAAAUCUGGCCUGAAGUCUCCUUUUGCAUACUGCAUGCUAAUACGUAUUGCUAGCCGUUUGCUGGAAGAGUCUGAUGAAGGACAUACCAGUCCUCUGUUUGAUUUUAUUGAGAGCUGCCUGAGAAACAAACAUGAAAUGGUGAUCUAUGAAGCGGCUUCAGCUAUUAUUCACCUGCCCAACUGCACAGCUAGGGAGCUGGCGCCGGCUGUCUCAGUUCUGCAACUAUUCUGUAGCUCUCCAAAACCUGCCCUGAGGUAUGCUGCAGUAAGGACCCUGAACAAGGUGGCAAUGAAGCACCCUUCUGCAGUCACUGCAUGUAACUUGGACCUGGAGAACCUUAUAACUGAUUCCAACCGAAGUAUCGCCACCCUUGCUAUCACCACACUGCUGAAGACUGGCAGUGAGAGCAGUGUUGACAGGCUCAUGAAACAGAUCUCUACCUUUGUGUCUGAGAUUUCUGAUGAAUUUAAAGUUGUGGUUGUCCAAGCCAUAAGUGCCUUAUGCCAGAAAUAUCCGCGUAAACAUACAGUGAUGAUGACUUUCCUGUCAAACAUGUUAAGAGAUGAUGGUGGAUUUGAAUACAAGCGGGCUAUUGUGGACUGUAUUAUCAGCAUUAUAGAGGAGAACCCAGAUAGUAAAGAAUCUGGGCUAGCUCAUCUCUGUGAGUUCAUUGAGGACUGUGAACAUACUGUACUCGCCACAAAGAUAUUACACUUACUGGGCAAAGAAGGCCCUCGAACACUCAACCCUUCCAAAUAUAUCCGCUUUGUUUUCAAUAGAGUGGUCCUAGAAAAUGAGGCGGUACGAGCAGCUGCUGUUAGUGCAUUGGCAAAGUUUGGUGCCCAGAAUGAAUUGCUCCUUCCAAGUGUUUUAGUUCUACUACAGAGGUGCAUGAUGGACUGUGACGAUGAAGUCCGGGACAGAGCAACCUUUUACUUUAAUGUACUAAAGCAGAAACAAUUAAACCUCAAUGCAGCCUAUAUUCUAAAUGGCCUAACAGUGUCUGUUCUUGGGAUGGAGAAAGCAUUACACCAGUACACCCUAGAACCCUCAGAAAAACCAUUUGAUUUGAAGUCUGUUCCACUAUCUACAGUCCCUCUUGUUGAACAGAAAGCAGAUCUCACUCCAGUGUCUGGUAAGCAGCUUGGUAAAACAGUACCUGCUCGCCAAGACAUAUAUCAAGAACAACUGGCAGCCAUUCCAGAAUUCAAAAAUUUGGGGCCGCUCUUUAAGUCCUCUGAAUCUGUGCAACUCACAGAAGCAGAAACGGAAUACUUUGUUCGCUGCAUCAAGCACGUCUUCUCAGAUCAUAUUGUAUUUCAGUUUGACUGUACCAAUACCCUGAAGGAUCAGCUCUUAGAAAAGGUUAUUGUUCAAGUGGAGCCUUCAGAAGGGUAUGAAGUGGUCUAUUAUCUUCCAGCACCAAGUCUUCUUUACAACCAACCUGGCAUAUGCUACACUCUGGUCAGACUUCCUGAGGAUGAGUCCACAGCAGUGUCUUGCACAUUUAACUGCACAAUGAAGUUUGUGGUCAGAGACUGUGAUCCUCACACGGGAGUUCCUGAUGAUGAAGGUUACAGCGAUGAAUAUGUGCUUGAAGAUUUAGAAGUUACUAUUGAAGACCACAUUCAAAAGGUGUUGAAGCCAAAUUUUGGCGCUGCAUGGGAUGAGGUUGGAGAUGCUUAUGAGAAAGAGGAGACCUUUGCGCUCAGUACUACUAAAACCCUGGAAGAUGCUGUUACAAACAUCAUUAAGUUUCUGGGAAUGCAGCCAUGUGAGCGAUCUGACAAGGUGCCAGAAAACAAGAACUCUCAUGUGCUUUAUCUCUCAGGGGUAUAUAGAGGCGGCCAUGAUGUUUUGGUUAGAUCCAGACUUGCACUGGCUGACGGAGUCACCAUGCAGGUAACUGUAAGAAGCACCGAUGAGACCCCAGCUGAUGUCAUCCUAGCCUCUGUUGGUUAAACCUUGCAAGAAGGGGAUACAUUUCAUCCGCUGACAUUUCCAGAAUCACGUCUACACUAUGAACACCUAUUUUAUUAUUCAAAUCAUAACUUUACAGCAGAAUGGAAAAGUACAGACUCCUGCUGUCACUUUUUUACCAUUCCAGUUCUCUGCCCUGGAGAACAAUCGAAGGACUUUUCUUCCCUUUACCAGAUCUCUUUUAUACUUGAAUGUGUUUCUCUGAUCCUUCUAAACACCCCUCAUGUGGCCUCAUUGGCACCCCUAUGCUUAUAUACGAAAUAUAAGUGGUCAAGUUAAUACUGUUAUUUACAAUAAAAGUACAGUACAAGUUUUA